AAUCACAUUCGUCAUUAUCCAUUAUACGAAGCAUUGUUGUUAAGGUUUAUUCGACAUUCUAGCUGCUAAACAUGCCGGAAUAUAAGCUACAUUAUUUCAGUCUGCGUGCACGCGGUGAGCCAAUAAGAGUUAUGCUGAAGUUAGCUGGAGUCGAAUUUACUGAAGUCUUAUAUGACUGGGGAUCUCAACAGUGGGCUGACGCCAAGAAAGACAUUUCUACAUAUGCAUUUGGAGCAAUGCCGGUACUUGAAGUUGAUGGAACGCCCAUUUCACAGUCCAUGGCAAUAUUAAGAUAUUUAGGAAAAGAACUGGGAUAUGCACCUAGUGAAAAUCUGCAGCAAGCAAAAGCUGAUGCUAUUGUGGAUGAAUGUCAGGAUAUUGUCGGUAAAUAUUUAUGGAAAUAUUUUUCAGAAAAAGAACCGGAAAGAAAGGAAAAAGAAAGAAAGAAUUGGUUUGAAAAUAUUUUGCCCCGAGAAAUUGAGUACUUCGAAUCCAUUUUAAAACGCAAUGGAACCGGAUGUUUCGUUGGGAGUAAAAUAACGUAUGCUGACAUUGCAUUCUUUUGUAUUUUUAAUGAUUACGUGGCGGGAGGAAAAGCCGACGUUCCAUCACAAUUUCAGAAUUUCCCAAUGGCAACAGCACUCUAUCAACGUAUACUAAAUGAGCCAAAUGUUGCUGCUCAUAUCAAGAACAGACCUGAUACUUUUAUCUGACGAUUUUUAUCAUAGGAACAGUAGCUUUAUUCUUGUCAAUUCGACUGUCCAGUACGAACUGUCCAUUUAAUAUA